CUCCAUCCCCCGCUGGCCUCCGCGGCCUAGGCCGCUGCCUGUUCCUGUUCAGGGCACGAGAAGCCUUGCUGCAGCAAGUUGAGAAGUUUGGGGGAGGGGGGUCCUCCUUCCCGCCGAGCUCUCUGAGAUUAAGGGCUUGGCCUGCUCAGGUAGAGCACGUACCGGGUCUUGCAAACUCAUCUCCCGGCAGGGAGCGGAGGGAAAGGAGGGACGCGGCUGCUAAGGCUGAGCUUGCGACGGAGUCGGCUGUUACCCGGGGAAGUUCUUUAGGGAGACGCCUCGGAACAGUGGCUUCUUGCGGGAGCGGUGAGGCCAAAGCCGGGGCCCGCGGAGACCGGUCCGGAGAGGCGGCGCGCGUUCCUACAGGGCUCGGGACUGACUUCUUCAGUGCUUAGAGUCUGAGAAAAAUGGCAAAUAUGGAUAGUGAUUCUAGCCAUCUUCUCAUCCCUGAGGUAGAUAAUGAAAUAAAUCCUGGACCUAUGAAUAUCCAGUUUGAUUCAUCAGAUAUAAGAUCCAAAAGGCCUUUCUAUAUAGAGCCCACAAACAUCGUCAAUGUGAAUGAUGUCAUUCAGAGGGUUAGUGACCAUGCCUCUGCAAUGAACAAGAGGAUUCAUUACUACAGCCGGCUCACUGCUUCUGCAGACAAGGCACUGGUUGCCCCAGAUCAUGUAGUUCCAGAUCCAGAAGAGUGCUAUGUGUAUAGUCCAUUAGGUUCUGCUUAUAAACUUCAAAGUUACACUGAAGGAUACGGUAAAAACACCAGUUUAGUAACCAUUUUUAUGAUUUGGAAUACCAUGAUGGGAACAUCUAUACUAAGUAUUCCUUGGGGCAUAAAACAGGCUGGGUUUACUACUGGAAUGUGUGUCAUCAUGCUGAUGGGCCUUUUAACACUUUAUUGCUGCUACAGAGUUGUGAAAUCACGAGCUAUGAUAUCAUCAGUAGAUACCACUACGUGGGAAUAUCCAGAUGUCUGCAGAUAUUAUUUUGGCUCCUUUGGGCAGUGGUCGAGUCUCCUUUUCUCCUUGGUGUCUCUCAUUGGAGCAAUGAUAGUGUAUUGGGUGCUUAUGUCUAAUUUUCUUUUUAAUACUGGAAAGUUUAUUUUUAACUUUAUUCAUCACAUUAAUGACACAGAUGCUAUACUGAGUACCAACGAUAGCAACCCUGUGAUUUGUCCAAGUGCCAGGAGUGGUGACCAUCCUGACAAUGGUUCUAUGAUUUUCUACACCAAUGACUCGGGACUCCAGCAGUUUGAAAAGUGGUGGAAUAAGUCCAAGACAGUGCCCUUUUACCUCAUAGGGCUCCUUCUGCCACUGCUUAAUUUCAAAUCUCCUUCAUUUUUUUCAAAAUUUAAUAUCCUAGGCACAGUGUCCGUUCUCUACUUGAUUUUUCUUGUCACCUUGAAGGCUAUUCGCUUGGGAUUUCAUUUGGAGUUUCAUUGGUUUAUGCCAACAGAAUUUUUUGUCCCAGAGAUAAGAUUUCAGUUUCCACAGCUGACUGGGGUGCUUACCCUUGCUUUCUUUAUUCAUAAUUGUAUUAUCACCCUCUUGAAGAACAACAAGAACCAAGAAAACAAUGUGAGGGACUUGUCCAUUGCUUAUAUGCUGGUGACAUUAACUUAUCUCUAUAUUGGAGUCCUGGUUUUUGUUUCAUUUCCUUCACCACCAUUAUCCAAAGAUUGUAUAGAGCAGAAUUUUUUAGACAACUUCCCUAGCAGUGACAUCCUGUCCUUCAUUGCAAGGAUAUUCCUGCUGUUCCAGAUGAUGACUGUAUAUCCACUCCUAGGCUACUUGGCUCGUGUCCAGCUGUUGGGCCAUAUCUUCGGUGACGUUUAUCCUAGCAUUUUCCACGUGUUGAUUCUUAAUCUAGUUAUUGUGGGAGCUGGCGUGCUCAUGGCCUGUUUCUACCCAAACAUAGGAGGAAUCAUAAGAUAUUCAGGAGCAGCAUGUGGCCUGGCCUUUGUAUUCAUAUAUCCAUCUCUCAUCUAUAUAAUUUCCCUGUACCAAGAAGAGCGUCUAACAUGGCCUAAGUUAAUCUUUCACAUUUUCAUCAUUAUUUUGGGCCUGGCUAACCUAAUUGUUCAGUUUUUUAUGUGAAAUAGUCAACUGUCUUCUCCAGAUCUUUCAUGGUGUUUUGAACUCUGACAACAGUCCCACAUAAACUCACUUGUAAAUGCUGUUGUUGCCGUAAUUAUUAAUGUUUUCCUAAGGUAAUUUGAAACCAAGGGAAAUAGUGGUCCAUUAAUAAGUAAUUCUUGUUAGAAUGGGGAAAAGGGCAGUAAGAGUGGUCUUAAUCUCUUUACCUUUUUCGUAUUCACUCAUCUCUUCAUUCUCACUUGUCUUUUCUGAGUAGAAAUGUAUGCCCCUAGGAAAAAUCAUGCUGGGUUUUGCUUUUAGAGAUGUAGGGUGGGUGGGUUUAUUCUGGCUACAAUAAUGAUUCUCAGAGUGUCAGAGCAACUAUAUUGCCAGAUCCCAUUUCUGUUUUAUGUUUCAGUGAUUCACUUUUAUUUAAUUACUUGCUAUAUCAUUUCUGCAGUUUGCCCAAACCUUUAUUGUUUUGGACAGUAAACCAAAUACCUCAUUUUAAAAAAGAAGUGUCCAUGACAUCAGUGUUAGUAGAGUGAAUUCUUACGUGAGCCCUUAAUCUCUGUUUUAAAAAAGAAAGAAGGGAAAAAAAAAAAAAGCAAUGUCAGCGCAGGCCCCAUGGUCAUGAAACUUAUGUAAAAUAAAGGAACUAGGAGAGAGUUUGUUGCUAUCUGACUCCUCUUUUGUUUCUAAUCCAGUUCCAGUUCCCCAAGCCAUAUUUUGCAUAGGAACAAGUAUGAUUGUCCUCAUAGACCCAGGGGGCUCUUUGGCUUUUUGGACCCCUGAGGAUUGCAUAGGAUGUGAUGUCAGGACCAGUGAGGAAGAAUAUAGGAAGCAUGGAAGAGAGGGAUAUAUGAGGCGUUAAGGGAAUAGAGAGGGGCCAGAAAGAGUGAGGCCUCCUUAAAAGUGUAUUCUCUGCUGGGGGUGAAAGUGAUUUCUUCAACACAGGAAAGGAUUACUUUUGUUCAAAGUAUGACCUCCAGAAGGAGACCCCCUCAACUUACUUCUGUAACUGUCAGGGUAGAGGUUAAAUCCCCAAAUCAAAAACUACUUGGAUCUGAGAAAAGGAUUAGGGAAUCUGAAUUCUUUGAUUGGCACUCUCCUCUUUUCCUUUCAAACUAAAAACUAAACCAAAAUCUAAAUCCAUGUCUUUCAUGUAAUAUAGCCUCCAUGUUCAGCUGGAAAAGUUAGAUUUCUCUAAUUUUAUGAUACCAUUAAACAGUGUAUUGUGUUAAUACACAUCCCAAGAUAAUGUGUAGAUUUGUGUUAUUUUCCUUCCUUUGAGAAAGACAGGUGAAAUGGUUUUUUAAACCUGGUAAAGAGCCCCAGAUUCAAGACCAGCCGUUCUUCCUUUUAGCAGAGCUUUCUAUCUAGUCCAUAGACCCAUACCUAUACUGAUGAACUAUACUGUCUAAAGCUCUUUUUUAAAAAGUCUCAUUAUGAAAAUUCUCAAGCAUACACAAAAGUAGAAAAAAAUAAUAUGAUAAAUCCCCCCAUACCCAUCCCCUACAUUUAGUAAUUAUAAGACUUUGCCGCAUUGCUCACCUAUCCCCCUUUUUUUCUCUUCCACUGAAACAUUUUAAAGUCAAUCUUCAAGUUAUGUCAUUUCAUCUCUACAAACCUUAAUAUGUACUUGAACUUAGUUACGUUUAUUGAGGGAGACAGUCUCUCUGAAGUUUUUUGUUGUUGUUGUUAGCAGAAACUGCUGGUAGAAGUUAGGUAAUUAGAAAAUGCUGCAUUACGUGUCUGGAUCCCUGUGUUAACCUCUCUUAGAACAGGAAUAUAAGGCGUGGAGAAAAUGUGUCUCUGUGCCUCUGCAUCUUUAUGAUUUGAGAGUUUUGUUCAGUUAGAGACAUAGGAAUCAAAAGCCAGACCUUGAGAGAUCUUCCAGGCUUAAUCCUUGUUUAUCUCUAGUUGCCUCCCUUGUCUUUAAAAACUUCAGAGACAAAGUUGCAUUGCCUUUUUUCAAUGAUAUACUUGAAUGUUUUAACACAUAGAAAAGUGAUUUGGUAUAUUUUUGCACAUUUAAUAAUCAAAGUGAAUAUGAAAAUGAAUGCAUUAUUGAUUAAACUAAAAAGCAACGUGAUAUUUGCUUUUUGUUUUCUUUAAGAGACUUGCUGAUUUAGAAUUUCCAAAAUCCUAUGUUAGACUUAUGCUGAAUGCUGAAUGACUUUGCCUCCUUAGGUUUUUCUUCACAAAACCAGCUCCUUUGGCCUAUUAAUUAGCUUGGUCGGAAAACUCUUUGUGUACAUGUGUCCUGGCUCACAAAUUAGAAUGAUGAGAUGAGAUCUCAUUCUGAUCAUAUUACAAUUAAUUUUAGACUUUCUCUGCUGUCAUCUCUUUGAAUUUUCUAAUUAAAUUUCUUUCACUUUUUGCUCUGAUGUGGUUAAUCUUAGUUUCUUUGAAUUUAGCUUAUUUAACACAUAACUGAGGACGUUAUAAAAUUUAAAAUAGCUUGUUUAGAGAGCUCUUCCUUGGAAAGGCUCUGGAUGAAUAUGUGGUAUGCUAAUACUAUUGCCAGAAAGGACAAAGAAAUAUGCUUUGACAUUUGACACCUAUGGAUGAUCAUCCAAAAUCAGUUUCAUCAUCACACCCAAAAAAUGUAUUGGAAUAAAGAAUAAACUUACCCACAAAAAGGGACUGUGUUAGAGGGAAAUAUUCACUUCAUUUACACUAAAUAUAUUUUACAAAUACAAUACAGCCACUAAAUGUAGAGGCAGAAGAGUUUUUGGUUUCUACUUGGAGUUCAUUAGGAGAAUUUUUUUAUCUGUAUUUUGACUUACUCAUUUCCAUAAAUAAUUGAAUAACUACUAUCAGGGAGGGGGAAAUUUCCCCCCAUCCCUCUUGAGUUCUUUUGGCUGGUCUAAUAAUUAAAUUGACCCAAGACAUAUUAACGGGAGAAAGAAGCAAAACAAAACAAUUUAAUUUGCAUGUGUAGAAUUCUCAUAGAAAUGGGACCCCCGAAGUGACCAAAGCAAGCUGUUCAUAUAUCAUUUUUAGACAAAGAAAGAUUUGUGAAGAUUUAACUUAUGCUAGGGAGCAAACUGCUGAAGAAGUAACAACAUUUGUUUAUAGUACAGCUUUUUAAGCCUUGAGUUCCCUAACUCGGGUGAUAAGGACGCUUUGUAGCCUCCUGGUAUAGGGAGGAUACCUUCACCUGGGAGAUUUAUUUCUCGCUUUCCUGGGGAAGGGGUAAGUCAGAGUGUUUUUUAAUGGCUUUUGUUUCCACCAGCUGUUUCUCAAGUAACUUUAAUUCAAAAUAAUCACUGUGCCACUGUGGCGUAUCUUGAGGAAGCCUGUCCUGAGCCCCAGCACUGCCAUGUUCGGUACUUUGGAGGAGGCAAGUAUGUAUAAGACAUCACUCAUAUCCUAAAGGAACUUGUGGUCUAGUAAAGGAACUACGCCUACAGUUGACUAUAAUGCAAGGCACUUUCAGACAAAGAGAAACAGAUCCCUUCCAGUCGGGAUCCUCAGGGAGGGCAGGUAAAGAAAGCUGAGUGGUAAAGCUGCAAGGACACAUUUUCAGCCUUCUCCUAAUAACUGUACAAAAUUUUAGGUGUUUGACACAUUCACCAUCAAGUGGGAUCUUCUAAAGUGUAAUUGCUUUUACUUUGGCAAAUUUUCUCUAGGAUAAGUUUUAUAAGAAAUAUUUAACUGCUUCUGUAUACUGUUUAUUGUUCUCUUUGCAUUUUAACACUGCAAGAUUCACUUCUGUGAAUCUUGGACAGCAAAGUACAAUUGGUCAAUAGGGGAAAUAAUCAGUAACACAUUGGGCAGUACAAACAGAAAGAUUCUAUAAGAUUUUCUCUCCAAAAAUUUGACUUAUUUAUCUGUAUUCAAAACGUCAAAUGUUUGGGCUCAUUGAUUAGAGCAGAAAAUAUUGAUGCUGCUUGUUUUCUUUACAAAGGACUGACCUGUUGCUUUUUAGAAUCUGGUCGUGGUGAUGUGGUGGUGGUUUGUUUUCUCAUCCCAGUUCAAACGUCCAAAAGAAAAUCCAAAUCUAGCUGACACCUAAACAAUAGAAUGUUACAUUAGUUUGUUGUCCAAAAUGGAACGCGCACAAGGCAGCCUGGCUGGCCCCAGUUUCACAGUCGACUGCCGACUUCACUUCAGAUUAUGUAAACAUGUAUUGCAAAACAGCUCUGACGGGAACCUCAUAACCUAAACACUAUUCUCUGAAAUGUAAUUUGUUGUCUUUUUAUAUAAAAGAAGAAAUUAAAUCAAAAUUAUUUUGAAGAAAAACUACUCUGGGAUUUUGUUUAAUUGAACUUUGCCAGGAAAUGACAUUGCCUAGUAGCACUGACCCCAGGGUAGAAGGAGGCCAUCUUUUGCAGGGUCAGACUUCUCAAGUGACUCUGCGUGUGUCACAUCAGGUCACUCAAGUGACCGAUGCAUGUCUUACAUGCCCUCCCUCAUGUUCUAGAUCCUAAAAAAAAAAGGUAUAUGCUUUGUAUGUUAACCAAAACCUAAAAUGAUCAUCCCUUUUGGACAAUAAACUGUUUGACUUCUCCCUCUAAGAGCAUUUCAGAAUGAAUGUGGCACUUCAGAUAAGUGUAGCCCAGUUUCUGGCAAAGAGCUUAGUAUCAUAAUCUUACAGAGCCAUUUAAGGCAAUAGAGAGCUCUUAUCUUCUGCCUGCCUUAAGUAAAAUUCCUUUUUCUCCCCAAUGUCAUUUUUUUUUUUUUAUAUUUCUCAACUCUUCUGCAAAGAUAAAAUAAGGCUAUGUCUUUUUAAAAGAUUAAAAAUUCCUCCAUUCUCCUUAUUCAUCUCAGGCCAUAAAGUACAGGGCUGGGAUAGGGAUUAGAAAGGGCACACUCUGCAGAUUUUUCCUCCUUUGGGUCUCUCUUGAUGUCCCAAGUAAUCCAACUGUGUUUGGUUUUAACAGACACUUAAUAUACACUUGUUUAAUCAAUCAAUUAAUGAGGCAGGGUUCCACUUUAAUGGAAAACAAUAAUUGCUACUUUUUAAGAGUGUUUCGUUUCUACUUGGAGUUCAAUACCCCAAAAAAAAAAAAAAAAAAAAAUUGGGCCAAUCAGGUUCAGAAUUAGUCUCUCGGCCAAUAUUUAAGUACUAACCGGAUGCCAGACUCUGUGCUAAGCACAGAGUAUCCAGUGGUAAACAAGGUGGAUGUGGCCCUGACAGCAUCCUUGCCCACCCUCUAAACUCCGGCAGCUGGUCAUUUUCCAAGAUAAAACUUUGAUUAUAAUCACACAAAGUUAUGUAGACAUGUGGACAAAUACUGGAAGGGGCCACAGAAGAAUAAAUGUGGGUUACCUGUUGAAGUGAUGAGGUUCUAGGUGAAUCAUUUAUGUUGUUACUUUAUUAUCUGCAUGACAAACUUUCUAAAAGGAUGUCUGUUAUAAAAGAAGGCUUGUAGAAAUUUAUCUAUACUCAAGCCAUGAAGUAAAGGACCAACUUACAAAGAACCUUUGGAAUGGGGGAUAGAGGUCAUUGGUUACAGGGCAGGUCCAGGUUUAGUGGAGCCUGAAGUUAUAUAAUUUGUUCUACCCUCUUAAGGAAAAACAUACAAAAUUAGGAAGAACCCCAUACAAGUGAGGAUCCCUUACUUUAACUUGUUUUAGCUUUAAGGUAAAUCAUCCACACAGCUCUGGGGACGGGAUUUAGAAGACUGAAGGAGGUGUAAUGAAAAGUUUCAGCACUCGGAUAUGUCAAGCUUUGAGUGCCUCUGCUACCUUUAAGAACUGCAACUUUUACUAGAUCUGAGCCUUUACUUCUGAAAGAAUCUAAUUGGAUUUAGCAAAAUAGCAUGGGAUACAAAUUCAGUAAUGGUUAAUAUGGGAUCACAAUAGGACAUUUUUCUUUUUUAGAUUAGAGAGUUUUUACUUGGGGAUGGGUUUUGCAGCGGGGCGGGGUGGGGGGUUCCUUUUAACUUUACAGAAAUAAUAGAGUUCAAAGAUACUGUUUGUCAAAUACCUAUUCAAUGAAUCUUAGAGAUGAGGAACAUUUUAAGGGCUCUUGAUGCAGAAAACAAGCCACCAAAAGCAACAUUAGAAUAAGGUGACAUUUAUUUAUUUAUACUUCACUUUAUCCCGGAAGGGACCUGUUUUCACUACAAUAAAGUAAAAUCAACUUUGCACAAUUAAGUCUCUUUUUUUAGAGACUAAAUUAGAACUUUAUGACACUCCUUAAGGAGAGGAAACUAUUCAAAUAAUUAUACCUUUUAUAAUUUUAUAGUUCUUUGUAGCUCAUAUUAUAGUUCUUUAUUGUAGGUAGAUAAAGCAUAAUUCAAUGCAGUAAACGUAUUGAUGAUUGUCCUAGAAUUGGAAAUGCAAAUACAGAGUUAUCCUUCCCAGUGCUGCUAGAAUUCUCUUAAUGUAACAUGACCCUGAUUAUAUCCCUCCUCUGUAAAAUCCUUCAGUGCCCCAGUAGAAAAAUGGGCAAGGGCCUUUGUAACAGACAGCCUUCAGAGGAACAACUGCAAGUUAACAUGAAGAUUUUAAAAGUUCAGAGUCAAAAUACUGAUCUGUGCUAACAGAUAAACCUCAAAAACAUUAUGAAAGUGAAGGAAGCUAGAUGCAAAAGACUAACAGUUUCAUUUAUAUGAAAUGUCUAGACAGGGCAAAUUUAUAGGAACAGAAAGCAAAAUAGCAGUUGCCUCUGGGGGUGGGAGCAGGGAUUCACUGUAUAUGGCUAUGUGGAGGAGAUUUUCUAGGGUGAUAGAAAUGUUCUAAAAGUGGAUUAUGGUAAUAGUUGCACAACUAUAUAAUUACUAAAAUCAUUGAACUGUACACUUACAUUGAAUUUUAUGAAGUGUAAAUUAUCCCUUGAAGCAGUUUUAAAAAAGGUUCAACCUCAGUAGAAAAGUAAUUUAAAAUGCUUUCUCCUUGUCGAAUACUAAAAUAAUAAUAACAUUAUUAUUAUACACUGAAAAAGGUAUGGGAAUGAACACUCAUACACAAGUGGCUGGUGUAAAAGUGGGUGUAAACUUUCUGAAGGUAAUUUGACAGUAUGCAUCAGAGCCUCAGAAUGCUCAUAUACUUUGACUCACUUCCAGAUGUAUGUCCUAAUUGGAAGGUGUGGAUAUAUAAACACAAAGAGAUAUUUAUAUCUUUACUAUUUGUAAUGGAAGAAUUAGAAACAACCUAAGUGUCCAACAAUAGGAGAUAAAUUAUAGAAUACUCAUCAAUAGAAUACUGUUUAACUAUUUAAAAUGAUGAUGCAGAUGCCUAUAUGUAAUAAGUGUCAAAAAGAUGUUUAUAAAUAUAAGUCAAGAGAGAGUACAAUUAUGUAUAGAAUUUAAAACAUUUGUGUAUAUAUAUGUAUAUAUUUGGAAGUUUAUAUAACAUGAAUUUUGGGCAUCUCUGGGUAUUA